ACCAACCACUCCAAAAGAUGACAGAAGAACAACUCACAAACGAACAACAACAACAACACAAGAACAACAACAACAACAACCAUCAUCACUCAAGACUCACCAGAUUCCUAUCAAAGUUCACAAUCAACCCAACCAACCACUCAAAACGAAAGAGCUCACUACCCAACCUCAACCUCAACAACAGCAACAACAACAACUCAAACAACAAUAGACAAACUGAAAUCGAAUCAAACACUACCAAACAACGAUCACUCUCUCAUCAUCCUCAGGAUACUCAGAAGAUCAAACUAGACUCAAUCUCACUACAGCCACUCCUACCACUACCAACGAUCAUCGACAGGCACUCAAACUCAUCCUCAUCAGCAGCAUCAACCAACCAGGAGAACCAUCAUCACUCCGAAGCUGACCCCGAGGAUGGCGCAGACCCAAACGCAUCCAUCAGACCAAUCACCCCCUCAUCAAAGGCCAACUCAUUCCUACCCAGUCCAUCCGAAACACCCACCCACCAACAUCAACAACAACAACCAGCACUCAACUCACCCACCCAAUCUAGGCACUCCUAUCGACCCACCAAGAGAUCCUCAACGAUCUCCAACAGCUCAUCCGAACCAAUCCUAGACGACUGCAAGAGCACCUUCGGAAACUCAUCUCUCGCCUCAACCAAACCAACCACCGUCAUCUCACUCGAAAACGGACCAGCCAAUCGGAUCGCCCAACCUCAUCCAUCACCCAUCACCACCCACCACUACCACCACAACCACCACAACCACAACCCAAACCACAACCACCACAAUAACAUCACCAACCACUCAAACAUGGCCCAACCCGCUCAGAAUAACUUGCGCAAUCCGAUCAGAGCUGCGAUCAUCAACCAUCAACGUGUCCAAUCUGCCUCCUCCUCAAUCAUCAAUCAACCCAUUCAACCUACCACACCCUCCCUCACCCUACACUCCUCACCACCCAUCUCUCCUCAGAAUCACUUCUCUAUCAUCAAUGUGCCCAGGCACAGUCUCCCUCAUCCAUCUCAAAACCCCCAUCCGGCUGCACUCGCCGAUAACGCUAGUAUACUCACCCUCGCCUCAUCCGGCUUCAGCCCCUCCUUACACCAUCAACAAAAUUUCCCAUCGGACGAAGAUGCUUCGGUGCGAGCAUUGGCCCCCUCGAGACGGGAAUCGAUCGAGUCGCUUUCGUCGCGCUGGUCGAACGUCAAGUCGACCCGGACCGGCGGCUCGAUCCGGACGACCGGCACGGGCUUCUACACAGGCAUCGGCCCCUCCUCGUCCGUCCAGAACGACUCCGUCCUCACGCCCGUCGACCAGCACCCCGGUGGCGACAGUCCGGCUCUCUUCCAGGACGCAUCCGAGCUCAACAUCCCUAGCCCCCUCCUCCUCCCCGAAACAACUACUACUACUCCCCUCGUCGAGCCCGGUCAUCAUACUCUCGAUCUCAAUCACUCCUCCCCCGUCGCUGAAAAAACUCAGCUUGCUCAGGAAAUCGUUCCCCCCUCCUAGCCUCGAGUAAAACUUCAACCUCCUGUUCUUUCUCACUCACUCACUGUAUUUAUUGUGAAAAUAGAAAUAAAUAUAUACAUAGGAAACGGACUCAUUCGUCUCUUCUUUUUUUUUAUAUACUUGCCAUCCUUAUCUUUUCCAUUUUUUUUUU